AUGCAUGUCAAACACGAGCAAAAUCAGCAUCAGCAGCAAUAUGGCCAGUCUUCAGGAGCAAUCAAGAGAACUGCGUCUGGAGAAUUCAAGCCUGCAUCAAAACCGAUAGAGCUGGAUGAACUUGCUUCACGUGCUAUGGCUCAAAAAUUCGCAAAUGCAGCUGUAUUCUCCUGGAAUCGUGUAAAUGCUCCUCAGCAUACAUCUCCCAAAGAAGACGGACAAGCCGAAGCACCGGAUGCACAUGCAAAAACCAAUGCUGUUGAACGAUCGCCUAUAAUCGUAUCGCCUACAAAUUCAAUUCCAUCAAACAUUGACUGGGAGCCUGUAUUUGUACUGCCUGACGGUGUUGUCGUACCUAUGGUGGUUCAUGAGAUUUUUCGCGAGGGACUGCCUACGCAGAUGGUGCUUGAGGAUCGGUACAACAUUCUCCCUGAACAACUCCCCAGAUCAUUCUACACGUCUCUGCACUGGGCCUCUGACAACCGUAACGGCCACUCUUUUGUCCUGCAAUGGAACUGGGGAGACGCAGAACCGCAUCCAUUCAUUGUUGAAAUGUGUGGGAUGAGACGCAUGGCGUGUAUAGAAAUGAAGGAUGUCAAUGGAGAGAUAUGGCAGUUACACUUGAAACCGACGCAACAACGAACACAUGUCUUUGGGUAUCUUAUCAAAGCCGCUGACUUGUUACCGAGGAUACACAACGCGAGUAUAAAUUUGCUUCGACAGCGUAAAUUGCCGUUGGUGUUGGAUUUGGAUGACACGCUGGUGAGAAUGAUUGGGAGUAUGAAGGGAAAUUUGAGUGUUGAACAAGCUGCGAGAGUUGAGCCAUCACGAAUCGCAAGACUACGUGACGGGAGGACUAUAGUUCUAGCAGAAGACGUUUAUGCCUUUCUGGACUGGGCCAAGAACUUAUUCGAAGUCAGUGUCUGCUCAUUAGGCCAAGAAGACUAUGUCCAUAUGGUCAUUGACGUCCUUGAUCCAGCCAGAAGUCGUAUAGCAAACCGAUAUUCAGCACGCCAGGAAUUUCUAUUCCUUGGUGGGAAAAGGCCGCCCAAAGAUUUGACAGCGAUUUAUCCCUUUUUGUGGAAACGAGAGUAUGGCCGUGAACCGGUUGCAGACGCUCUUAUUGUUGAUGAUAACGGGAGUAUGUGGCAGAGGUGUCAACAAGAUAAUAUUAUUAUUGUUCGCGAACAGACUUCAGCCAACGUAUGGAAUGUAUCGCUACAGACCGUGAAACAAGUGUUGAGCUCGGUACAUACAGAAUUUUUUCGUUCUCUCGAUGCUUGGCACAAUAAUGGUAGAAUGGACGACACACCAACUGUCACCGGUUGUUACAAAGAUUACCUGAGACGAGAACUGACCGCUAAGAUUGCCGCCGCCAUUCAAUAA